GAUCUCGGGGCUCAGGCGACCCCAAGCCAAAAAUAGUAUCACCCCAAUGGAGGGAUGGCGCCACGGUCGAAUCUAAUGUUUACGUUUUGACAAUAAACCGUCCUCAACCAGUGACAGUUGAAAUAACUGCCAAAUUUGGCUAAUUUUGGAAUGUCAAUCCACAUUUGAAGCUCUGUUUCAGUUACUGAGACGUCACUCAUCCCAAGGAUCAAGUAGUCAAGUAUAUUUCAAUCAUGUUCAGUGAUCACUCAAGUGAACCAUCUGGUUUUUCCUCCACUGCAACAACCGAUAAGGAAGCGGCAUCGAGUACUGCUCAAACGGAAAAUAUUCGUCACAACUCAAAAGAGAGUCAGAGCAUUACUCACCAAAGUAUCCAGACACAAACUGCAGAAAUUCCGAAUGCAGUGACGGAUAUUGAUUACAACAAGCUUGCAGCAUUUCUGAGGAAGGUGACACCAGGAAUUCUGGAAGCAUUGGAUGACAUAUCUGAAAGCGAUGUUCUUGAUGGAUAUGACCCAAUUGCAACUAGAGAGCUUCCUCUUCAGAUUCAAUUGUUGAAUAAAUUUUCUACACUUGAAGAAUCCGAUUCUAAGAAAAAAAUAAGUGCCUUGAGCUGGAGCACAAACGGAGGAACCCUAGCUAUUGCUUACAGCGUUCCAUAUCACGAAAAAUGGUGUGACCACCUGUCUCAAAUAAAAUUCUUCGAACUCAAAAAGGAUGACGAUUUACCACAAACAGUCAAUAAACACCUGGAAACAAAUGCUUGCAUUACUUGCAUUUCAUAUCACCCAACGAAGUCCUCUAUCUUUGCAGCUGGGUUCUUCAACGGGGAUGUGGCUCUAUGGAAUUUGGCAGACAAUGAUUUAGUUGUCCCAUUGCUAGUUUGCGUUCAUGGUGACGUGGUGACGUCCCUACUCUGGCGUGAAAGGACCAUAAAUGAACCGCAUUUACUUGUCACCUCCAGUGCCGAUGGAUACAUCUUCAUUCAUAAAUUAACGGCUAAUUUUACGACUGCUACUUUGCAUAAUAGGUACAAAAUAGUUAAAGAGCGCAAUCCCACGGAGAAUACAAGACCGCGCAGUGCGGGUGGACGCAAAGAGCGAGCAGCUGAAGCUGGCCUCUCCAUUACGUGUCUCGAUUUCUCACUAAAGAAUUCAAUUUUCGUGGUUGGAACACUAUGCGGGGGCUUAUACAAAUGCAGCCUGGAUUCUUCGAUUCCAGUCCAAGGUGACGAUACGUUAAUCGAUCCUGUGAUGGACGAAUACGAAAGGUACGAAGGUAGUGUUACAGCACUGCGAUGCUCCCAGACCAGUAAUUUAUUCGUAUCCAGUGGAACCAAUAUGGAGUUGCGAGUCUACGAUGUGGAUCAAAGUUCCAUCGUUCGAGUAAUUGCAGUGGAACAUACAGUCAUUGGACUAAAAUGGUUUCCAUGGGGGAAAGACGUAAUCUCCGCCUAUGGAGCGAAUUCUUCGGUUAAUUUUUAUGAUAUUCGUAAUGGGACAGCUGUUACAAAUUUAAAAAUGCUGUCUACAUGUGGAAAUAUUGCUGCCCUUGAUUUUAACAAAAAAAGAGAUACUGCUGCUCUUGCAGACACCCAUGGAAAUCUGGAAGUGUGGAAAAUUCCAAAGCAAGCAGUUUCAUAAUGAAAGUUAAAUUAUUGAAGACUCAAAUCACUCAAAUUCGGUUGAAUACCGUCACCGAUAUCGCCAUUUAUUACUUACAUUCCCGUUCAGUGAAAGUCGGCCACGAAAUCUCUCAAAUCCGUGAAGAUAACGGAACAGCGAAAAUCCCUAAAUAUUUCUGUACCCAUUCCUUUCAGAAAUUUGGUUAUAUAACCAGUAUUGUAGUUAAUUUGGUACAAUAACUGGAAAUUUGAACAAAAGAGAAAUGAGUAGAUUAUUUACGGUUCGUUAAUCAUUGGACCCUGUUCCUGUUCCAUUGAAUGUAUUUUGGUGCCUACAUUGUUUCAAUUGAACUACUGAAGCAGACAUAAUUCUGUAAACCUGUAAAGACUCUUGUUUCCAGCUUCAAUUAAGAAUAAAUAUAAAUGUGGAAGUUCAA